UACUAUAAACAUGUCGUCGUCAUGCGUGUUGAUACUCUUGGUAAUUGACCAUGACUACCUACCUAUGUAGGUGGGUAUAUACCGGUAGGUGCUUGGGUCAAAGGACGGCGGUUUCUAGGCUGCUGUAUCAAGCCGAUUGAUCCUGAAAUCAUAUGUCCACGUUGGAUUCAUGGUUAUUGGGCAUGAAUGAGAAGGAUUCUACUGCCUUACAACCUCAAAGGCGCAAUGUUCUUGUUGGAAAACGGUGUAGAGCAUCUCAGCUCCUUCCAUGGCUCAACAACAGGCAAGUAACACCGUUCCUCUGAACACAAUGGCCAGUCAUCAUCAUUAUCAAGUCAUCACACUGGGUGUCUAAGCACAACUUCAAAACACCACAAAGACAUCCUAUAAUAUGCCAUAUCAGACUAAAGUCAGGCUGCCUUGGUAGGAUAUUGUUGCUUUAUCAGGCUACCUACCUAGGUGACUCGACAAGGCAACCAAUCUUCAUAAAUACCUACUCUACCCGCCUGUGAAUCAACCAUAUCUCAAUCUCCUCAGUUCUUAUUCUCUGCUCACCAUCCGCGUGUAAACAUAUGAACGCCGUCUGCAGCAUGUCCAGCAUCAACUACUCCGCACCGCUUUGCGGUUUGUGGUACCACUCGGCUAGACCACCAAACCCUUAUAGCCCUCAAGCCAGCCAACCGGUAUGCCUCCCUCAACUUGGCAUGAAGGCUCAUACCGUAAUCAAGGACGUCGCUUCGCGAACAAUUUUGACUCAGACCUUUUACAAUGGAACCAAUGAGCAUUUAAAAACAACAGCCUACUCCUUUCCUCUCUAUGAUGGCGUAACUGUAGUUUCAUUCAAGGCUACCAUCGGCGAUGUCCAGAUACAUGGAAGCGUUAAGGAGAAACAACAAGCUCGUCGCGAAUAUCGUAACGCAGUCGACAAGGGGACGAAGGCGGGUCUCCUAGAGCAGCUGCAAGAAGCUUCCGAUGUCUUCAUUACGAAUUUAGGUAGUAUUCCAGCCGGGGCUACAGUGAUAGUCGAAGUCACUUACAUAGGGGAGUUGAGACAUGAUGCCGAAUCUAAUGGCAUUCGGUUUACCAUCCCGUCAUCCAUUGCUCCUCGCUAUGGACCGACCCCUGGCGAUAUGGCCCCUUCUUCAACUCUGCGCACGCCUACUGAUGCUAUUGGAGUGGUUGUGGAUUUUGAGAGUCCUGAGGGAAGUUCUAUCCAGAAAAUCCAAUCUUCUAGUCAUCCUAUUGCUAUCAACAUUGGCCGUACGACUAGCAUGGCAACUACCGCACAUAUGGCUAACCGCGGCUCUGCUACACUGUCACUUGAUAUUCCCUUUCUUGACAGGGAUUUCGUCUUCAUUGCGUGUAUUAAGGACGCAAACUCUCCCAAGGCUCUCCUAGAAACUCAUGCCACUAUUCCCAAACAGCGUGCACUAAUGGCCACACUGGUUCCUCGAUUCAACAUAACGCCCUCCUACGGUGAAAUCGUCUUCAUAGUCGACCGAUCUGGUAGUAUGGAAGUGAUAAUAGGAGCUAUGACGGUCAUGCUCAAGUCUCUUCCCAUUGGAACCAAGUUCAAUAUUUGCUCAUUUGGGAGCACUCAUUCCUUCUUGUGGCGGCGAAGUAAAUCUUAUAACGACACGACCUUGAACGAGGCAUUAAAUCAUAUAGACACUUUUAACGCGAAUUUAGGAGGCACCGAGAUGCGCAGCCCAGUGCAAGCUACGAUUGCUCAACGCUUCAGUGACAUGCUCCUCGAUGUGAUCAUACUGACCGACGGGCAAAUUUGGAACCAAGAAAGCCUGUUUAACAUGGUUAAAAAGGCAUCGGAAGACUACAAAUGCCGCUUCUUCUCUCUAGGAAUUGGCUCGGGAGCUUCAACGGCGCUUGUUGAGGGUAUAGCCACAGCUGGAAAUGGAUUUAGUCAGUUUGUCGCUGAAGGAGAAAGAAUUGAUACGAAGAUGGUUCGACUGCUUAAAGGAGCGCUAACUCCACAUAUCGACGACUAUAGCCUGGAAAUUAAGUACAAGCAAGAUGAUGAUUUCGAGAUGAUCGAGUCUAUUGGGGAGGCAUCCAAGGUCAAUAUCACAGCACCAGCGACGGUCAUGAGUCAGAAGGCGCCGAAAACAUCGACCUCUUUCUUCAGCGAUGUCGAUUCUGAUGGUGACACGGCUAUAACGGUUCCUGAAACAAGCAGCAACAACUUUACUUAUCUACCAGCCAUUUCUUCACCUUCUAUAAUCCAGGCACCAUGUCAGAUUCCUGCUCUGUAUUCCUUCUCACGCACAACAGUAUACAUGAUGCUCGAUCCGGACACCUAUCACAGGACCCCUGAAGCCAUCGUUCUCCGCGCAACAUGCUCAGAUGGGCCCCUUGAGCUUGAGAUUAAUGUCGAGGAUAUUGGGAAAGGCGAAACUAUUCACCAACUGGCAGCGAAGAAAGCCGUAUCCGAACUCGAGAAAAACGGCGGUUGGCUUUCAUCCGCUACGGACAAAACAGAUAGCACCCUUAUCAAGAACAAGUACGAUUGCCAUUGGGAAGAGAUCGUGGAGCGCGAAGCUGUUCGUCUUGGUGUGAAGUACCAAAUCGCUGGCAAGUGGACCUCAUUUCUCGCUGUAGAAGAAGACGCUGAAUAUGAAGCUGUCAUCAUCACUGCGCAGCUGCCACGUACAUAUGUUAGAAAUUCAAAUCUGGCACAAAGACAAGACCCAUCAGAUAUAGUCCAGCACCAGGACUUCCAAGCGUUAGCUGAUCUCUAUUCGAGUAAUACGCCAGGACGUUACAUGGCGUGGCCAGAUUCCGUUUGUCGCAAGAGCAAGGCUGAUGGUACUACGGAUAGUGACUUCGUAGCUUCAGCAGCUAUGGCUUGCCUAGCGACACCUUCUUAUCAAUGCCGUAUAGAUACAAGGGCUGAUUUUUCUAGCUCUCUUGGUUUAGAAGCUGAAGUGCUCGGACCUAGCAGAAUCGAUACGCCUCCCGCAACUACCCGUCUUCAAAGUUCGGCGUCGUACUCAAUCCGCAGAGGUCUUGAUAGUGGCGUUGACUUGUACCACAUAGUUCGACUACAAAAGUCCGAUGGAUCUUGGGACUGGGAUCUACACCUUCUUGCCGCCCUAGGGGCAACUCCAAACCUAGGAACGCGGGAUGCGGUAGUCGCCACGGCUUUAGCUAUCGCCUUCAUAACGAAGCAUAUGGCUCGUGACGCUGAGACCUGGGAACUCAUCGUGCAGAAAGCAAGAGAUUGGCUUGGCCAGCAGCACGGCGUUAAUGUGGAGAAGGAGAUCAGCGAUGCUGAGAAGCUUCUGCAGCAUUAACUAUGCAGAUGGCAAUCUUGAUAGGAUUAUCUAACAGGCAGUGUAAAAUAAGUUACCGUUCAGAGCUGACCUGAGUAAUGGUGGAUGAUUGGAGUGAAACCAGGUUACCUAUCGGUUCUGGUCUCAUAAGGGGUUAACACUACUAUGAGUAAUCGAUCAUAAGCGAUGAUCUGCCAUAAAUGAAUUUACCUGAAGCGAUUUCUACAGCUAUCAGAUGUCUAGUGAAUAGAGCUGCUAUGUGAAGCGCUGCCAAGAAGGCCAACAUUGAGGCACGAUCCACCGUUGGUAUGAUUUUCCACCAGUAAUACUGUUCCUACGAUGCAUUUCCUUCUUGAC